AUGUCGAACCAAGCAGGCUGGAUCAAAGCCCCUCAUGGGCAAGUUCAGGUCGAGACUGUAGAGCAAUGGGUACCUGGCCGUGGGGAACUCUUGGUUCGGGUUGAAGCAGCGAGCUUUAACCCUAUUGACGCCAAAAUUCAGAGGUACUGUGCUCAAGUUGGACUUAUUCCAAUCUCAUUACCCCUCAUCCUCGGAUUCACCUUUGCGGGAACGGUAGUCUCUACAGGGCCCGAGACAAAUUCCGUGCAACCUGGCGACCGGGUGGUGGUGGCUCGCUGGGGCCAGCAAGCAGGCGAGGAUCCCCGAUUCGGGGCCCUCCAGAGGUAUGCACUGGCACUCGAGCAAAACACCCUGCGACUAGAACCCGAGACCACAUUUGCCGAUUCCGCCAGUUUGAUCGCAAAUCUGGCGACCGUGGUCUCCGCCCUCACCAUCUACAUGGGCCUCUCCAAGCCACCAGUCGCCGGCACGACACCACCCUUAGGAAAGAAAAUCCUCAUCUACGGUGGUUCAUCAGCGGUUGGGGGCCUCGCGGUGCAAUAUGCGAGCGAUGCUGGGUAUGAAGUUGUCACUACCUCGUCUGCGGCCAACAGAUCCUUGGUGGAGAAACGCAACCCAACGCAUAUCAUCGAUCACAGCUGCCCGGACGAGGACGUGAUCCGCGAAAUCCGGGAGAAUGGGCCUUACGAGGGGAUUUUCGAGGCAAUAGGCUCCACCUCAACAACCAAACGCAUGGUGGCAUUGUUGCGCGAAACAGGAGGCCGAUUCUUCUCAACCAGCCCUUCCCCUGGGGAUGAGGCCAUCCCUACAGGCGUAGAGAAGGUAUGGGCGGGAUAUUCUGAGACCCUCGUAUCUGAGGCUGCCAAUCGAGAAUUGCGUACAUGGUACAUGGAAGCGUAUUUACCGGCUGCACUGAAGAAAGGCACGAUGUGGCCCAAUCCGGCAUUGUGGCUCCAAGGGGGGCUUGGCUCCGCCCAGAAGGCGUUAGACCUCCUGUUUGAAGGUCAUAUCAGCGGCCGAAAGGUUCUUAUCAACCCACAAGAAUGA